AAGUGGGACAUUUCAGUCAUAUGGUCGUAUGGUGGAGAAUCGCUGCGAGGGUCAUAGAGAAGACAGAAUCGUUGAUGGAGGAUAUAUUCUAGUAAGAAAUAAUCACCGCCACUGUGUUCGCAAAUCUCUCGGAGAAUUUGUGAAUCCAUUUCCUUUUGUUCUUUUUCAUUGAAAGAAAAAAAAAAACUUGAGAAAUAAUGGGAGCAGAGAAGAUCUACAAUGGCUCUCUGGAUUUGGGAGGAGCUGUAGGAGAUGGAGAAGGCAACCCCGAGUCGUAUCGGUUAUCUACUCUUUCUGUCGACCUCUCUCUUCCUCUUCCCGCCAUGACCCCUCGCAUCAUCGAGCUAUGUAAGGAUCUGUUCAACGAGUGGUCGGAGCUGGAUAAUUCUCGGUUCUCUGUUGAAACGGUCUCUGGUGGAAUCACUAAUCUACUGCUUAAGGUUACGGUGAAAGAGGAAAGCGGUAGUUGCGUUUCUGUCACCGUCAGACUAUAUGGACCUAACACGGAUUAUGUUAUUAAUCGUGACAGGGAACUGCAGGCAAUCAAAUAUCUUUCAGCUGCAGGAUUUGGUGCCAAGCUUCUUGGAGUUUUUAAAAAUGGUAUGGUGCAGUCAUUUAUUCAUGCACGAACCCUAGAACCAUCAGAUAUGAGAAAGCCAAAGCUAGCUGCGGAAAUUGCUAAACAGCUUAAUAAAUUCCACAAAGUAUAUAUUCCAGGUUCUAAAGAACCUCAGUUAUGGAACGAAAUUUUAAAAUUUUACGAGAAAGCCUCUGCACUGCAAUUUGAUGAUACUGGGAAGCAAAGUAUAUAUGAUACAAUUUCAUUUAAGGAAAUUCAUAAUGAAGUACUUGAAAUUAAGGAACUAACGAGCCUCCUCAAUUCCCCCGUAGUGUUUGCCCACAAUGACCUGCUUUCUGGGAACAUAAUGCUAAAUGAGGAAGAAGAACGACUCUACUUAAUUGAUUUCGAGUACGGAUCAUACAGUUACAGAGGCUUUGACAUUGGUAAUCACUUCAAUGAAUAUGCCGGCUAUGACUGUGACUAUAGCUGUUAUCCAUCCAAGGAGGAACAGUAUCAUUUCUUCAGGCAUUAUUUGCAUCCCGAAAAACCAGACGAGGUUUCUCAAAAAGAUCUUGAAGCUCUGUACGUGGAGUCAAACACCUUCAUGCUAGCUUCUCACUUAUAUUGGGCUUUAUGGGCGCUUAUACAGGCAAGGAUGUCCCCGAUCGAUUUCGAUUACCUUGCUUAUUUCUUCCUGCGAUACAACGAAUAUAAAAAGCAGAAGGAAAAAUAUUGCUCAUUGGCAAGAUCUUUCCUUUCUCGAUCAGGAUUGGGUUGUGAACCUGCGUAGAAGAUACAAUUGGGAGGAGAGUAGGAUCGGCAAUCAGUUCACAUUCUAUAAAACAUGUAAGCAAUUCUUUGUUUACUGGUUUUGUUUCUUAUCUAUUGUAAAGUGGUCUUUUGUACUCUAAUAAUUCGUCGUGAGUUAUAAUAGAUUUGGAAGGUAUUUUCUUACUAUUAUUGUUGAUGAUAAAAGGACUAAGUGGUUGAGGUAUCUA